AUGAUAAGUGACGCGCCAACGGGGCCACCAGGAUCGACCGUUGCCGCUGUGACAGGGAAAAAAAAGAAGCAUGCUGGAAGGGGGGGCUGCGUUCAGCGCGGUGGUGUGACGCCAACGAGGGCCCGGCAAAUGCCUGUUGAGAGCCUGAAUCUGGAGGCUGUGUAUUGGUCGCUUGUGGCUUCUCCCUCUGCGGCUUUUCAAAAGCCCCCCUUUGCCAUGACCUUUAGCCAGCCGCCGUGUGCAAGGGGGGUUUUGAAUAAUAGUAAUUACUGUUUUAUGAACGCGACGGCGCAAACCUUAGCUUUUGUCCCACCAUUUGCGCAGCUAGCCGUAUCUGCAGCCAUGGAGACAGAAUUAUGUCCAACACUUGCCGCCCUGGGGACGUGGAUACUCUCGUACUGGUCUAGACCUCCCAUGCAAUCGAUUCCGCCGCUCCAUCUUCCCAAUUUAACACGUGGACAAGCGUCUUUUUUUGCUGCACCUUCUCACGUGAAGAAGAUGGAUGGCUCAUCACAGGAAGAUGCGACGGAGUUCAUGCAUCACAUGCUGGAGGUGAUUCAGUCAGAGUUGUGCGCAUUAGAAGAAAGAUACAGUGGUUCGUCCGCUGGCGCAAGUCGCGGCCCAACGAAUUUGCUUGCGACGAAUGCAGAAACGAAGGGUUGGACAUUUGUGAAGGGUAAGGAGCGGCUUUCUGUACGAGAGCACCGCGACGAGACUCGCUCAGUUUUGUUAGAUGCCGUCUUCGGUGGUGCGGUCGAGAAUCAUCUGAAGGGCAAAAGCAAACUGAAGCAUCACGCCUCUGUUCUAGUCGAGGGUUUUUUUCUGCUUCAAGUGGAUGUUGGAUUUAGUGCGGAAUGUAGUCUUGAAAUGGCCCUUGAGCGGACACUACAGAGUGAACGUGUUUACGACAGUGCCCGUGAAAAGGAUCUGUUGAAGACAGUUAAGCUGCUACGGUUGCCCAAGGUGCUGCUUCUGCAGUUGCAGCGGUGGGCUGUGACGGCUGAGGGUGAGCUUGUCAAGCUUGACAACGUGGUUCGCUUCUCCAAGACUUUAGUGCUUCCUAAAUCGACGUGCGCAGAUGCGACAUUAACUAAUACCGCGAGGACGUAUGAACUGGUUGCCUUUAUUGCUCACCGUGGGAGUGUCAUUGAGCGCGGGCACUACGUUGCAUAUCUUGCCAAUGCAUGUUUGCCAGUUUCUGCAGUGGCGCAGGGCAAAGCCUUGCUGACAUUUUGCAAUGACGCAAAAGUGCAGCUUGUUCCCCUGCAGGAGGCUGUGGAGAGUGAGGCAGUGUAUUUGCUUGUUUAUCAGCGCAAGACGUAA